CAGAUUCACCCACCACCACCACCACCAUCACGCCUCGGAGUAGAUACGUACGUACGCCGCUACGUUUUUAGAUUGAAGAUACGUGGGAUUUGUUUAGGUGGGCAGUUUGGUUGGUUCGUUCGUUGAUUGCAUUGGAUUAAUUGGGAAUUGGGAGAGAGAGAGGUGGUGUGCUAAGGAUAGUAGUAGUGGUGGUUGGCUGGUGCGGUUGCGGGUGAUCGAACGAUGGAGGUGUGCUGCUGCUCGACGUCGUCGGCGGUGGCCGUGCUCGGGGCCGGGGAUCUCGCUGGGAGGAGGUUCGCGGCCGCCGGGGUGGCGGCGAGGUGGGGGGCUGUGGGGAUCGGGAGGGCGGUCGUGCUGGCGCACCCGCUGCGGCCGGUCCUGCGCGCGGCGUCGCAGGCGGCGCCGCGGCGGGCGCGGCGCGCGGUCGUCAGGGCGGUGUUCGAGCGGUUCACGGAGCGGGCGGUGAAGGCGGUGGUGCUGUCGCAGCGGGAGGCCAAGGGGCUCGGGGAGGGCGCCGUGGCUCCGCGCCACCUGCUGCUGGGGCUCGUCGCCGAGGACAGGUCGACGGGGGGCUUCCUCUCGUCGGGGAUCAACAUCGAGCGCGCGCGCGAGGCGUGCCGCGGCAUCGGCGCCAGGGACCUGACCCCCGGCGCGCCAUCGCCGUCCGGCUCGGGGCUGCAAAUGGACAUACCCUUCUCCGGGAGCUGCAAGCGGGUGUUCGAGGUCGCCGUGGAGUUCUCCCGGAACAUGGGCUGCAGCUUCAUCUCCCCGGAGCACCUCGCCCUCGCGCUCUUCACGCUCGAUGAUCCCACCACCAACAGUCUUCUCAGAAGCUUGGGAGCAGACCCGACUCAGCUAGCAUCAGUAGCGCUCACUCGACUCCAAGGGGAGCUUGCAAAAGAUGGCAGAGAACCUGCAGGAGCAUCAUCUUUCAAAGUGACCAAGAAAUCUCCUGCCGAGGCUGGAAGAUCUGCAUUCUCCAAAUCUUUAAAUACAAAGAAAGAAAAGGGUGCACUUGAUCAAUUCUGUCUAGAUUUGACCACACAAGCUAGUGGUGGGUUUAUUGAUCCCAUCAUUGGCCGUGAGGAGGAGAUUGAAAGAGUAGUUCAGAUAAUAUGCCGACGGACAAAGAACAAUCCUAUUCUUUUGGGUGAGGCAGGUGUUGGCAAAACUGCAAUCGCUGAAGGGUUGGCUCUUCGAAUUGCAAAUGGAGAUGUCCCCAUUUACCUUGUGGCAAAGCGUAUAAUGUCAUUGGAUGUUGGUCUACUUAUCGCUGGUGCAAAAGAAAGAGGUGAACUGGAGUCCAGGGUUACUAGUUUAAUUCGUGAAGUUCGCGAAGCAGGGGAUGUUAUUCUUUUCAUUGAUGAGGUUCACAAUCUUAUUGGAUCUGGAACUGUUGGAAAGGGUAAGGGUGCUGGCCUUGACAUUGGCAACUUGCUGAAGCCCCCACUUGCUAGAGGUGAAUUGCAGUGCAUUGCAGCUACAACUCUAGAUGAACACAGGAUGCAUUUUGAGAAGGAUAAGGCUUUGGCUCGCCGCUUCCAGCCAGUAUUAGUAGAGGAGCCAAGUCAGGAUGAUGCUGUGAAGAUAUUACUUGGUCUUCGUGAAAAAUAUGAAACAUAUCACAAAUGCAAAUUUACUUUAGAAGCCAUCAAUGCAGCAGUUUAUCUGUCAGCAAGAUAUAUCCCUGACAGGCAGCUCCCUGAUAAGGCUAUUGAUCUGAUCGAUGAAGCUGGGAGUAGAGCUCGAAUGGAAUCAUUUAAUAGGAAGAAGGAAGGGCAGUCUUCUAUCCUCUUAAAGUCACCAGAUGAAUACUGGCAAGAGAUAAGAGCUGCUCAAACCAUGCAUGAAGUGGUGUCGUCAAACCAGAUGAAGUAUUCUCCAGAUCAAGAGAGUGGCAGUGCUACCACUGAAGCACCGGACGAGGACAAGACUGAGUUGGUAUCCGAACUCCAAGUUGAGGAACCAAUCAUAGUUGGAACAGAGGACAUUGCAAGAGUUGCCUCAUUAUGGUCAGGGAUACCAGUCCAGCAGUUAACUGCUGACGAUAGAAAGCUUCUUGUAGGACUAGAUGAUGAGCUCAGAAAGCGCGUUAUUGGUCAAGAUGAUGCUGUUAUGGCAAUAUCUAGAGCAGUGAAGAGAUCACGGGUUGGCCUCAAUGAUCCUGACAGACCUAUUGCCACUCUGCUUUUCUGUGGUCCGACAGGAGUUGGUAAAACUGAGCUUACUAAAGCUCUAGCAGCUAGUUAUUUUGGAUCGGAAUCUGCUAUGCUCAGAUUAGACAUGAGCGAGUAUAUGGAGAGGCACACUGUGAGCAAGCUCAUAGGCUCUCCUCCAGGGUACAUUGGAUAUGGUGAAACUGGUACUCUGACAGAAGCUGUCAGGAGAAAGCCAUUUACUGUAGUAUUACUUGAUGAGAUAGAGAAAGCUCACCCUGAUAUUUUCAACAUUCUUCUCCAAAUUUUCGAAGAUGGGCAUCUGUCGGACUCACAGGGCCGCAGAGUGUCAUUCAAGAACACAUUGAUUGUCAUGACAUCAAAUGUUGGUUCUACAUCAAUUUCAAAGGGAAGACGAAGCAUGGGUUUCUCGACAGAAGAUACUGAAUCAAGCUCAUAUGUUGCAAUGAAAUCCCUGGUAAAUGAGGAGUUGAAGGCAUUUUUCCGCCCUGAAUUGCUCAACAGAAUCGAUGAGAUGGUUGUAUUCCGUCCCUUAGAGAAAACUCAGAUGCUAGCUAUUCUUGAUAUCAUCCUACAAGAAGUGAAGGGUAGGCUGUUGGCCCUUGGAAUAGGCUUAGAGGUGUCUGACGCAAUGAAAGACCUGAUUUGCCAUGAAGGCUAUGACAAGAGCUACGGUGCGCGGCCGCUAAGGAGAGCCGUCACCCACCUGAUUGAGGAUGUGAUCAGCGAGGCGAUUCUUUUCGGUGAAUACAAGCCCGGCGACACCAUACUGAUGGAUAUCGAUGCUGCUGGGAAACCUUGCUUGAGCCGCCUGAAUGAGAAGAUCGUCCAGCUGUCUGACCCGACACGGACAUUCUGAAGCUCUGCAUCCUGGUUUAGUACUUUAGAGGUCUAAUUUUUCAUUCUUUCUCGAGAUUACUAAUUCAUUUUUUAGGUAGACACGGAAUAUUUCAUUAUGUACAUAGCACAGUCAGGGGAUUUGUCCCGGCAUAUGAUGUCUUAAAACUUGUACCCAACUGUAUAUCGUUGUUGUUCAAUUAAUCAAACCUAUAGGAGUACCAUUUGUCUGUGUGUUCACGAGACAAACUUCUUUUAA